AAACUGUUUAUUGUGUUGACAGUAAUUGGUGUAAUCCAUUGCACUCUGGAAGAGGAGGAGUUGAGUAUCGAUAAACUGACCCCGAAGUAUGAGAGGUUAGGCAAUGGCGUCGAAUGCCCUGAAAAAGUGGACCUAAUUAUGGCGAAAUGCAAAGAAUUGGGCUCUACUAAUGAUACGAGUGGUCAAUUGUUUUGGGACGUAUUGCAUGGCAUGAAAUUUGUCGGUUACCUAAAACCCAUUCUCCGUGACGUGAUUUUGGAAAGCCCUAGUAUUUCGUUCUACGAGAAAGUUAAUAACUACUGCAAACUGCAAAAUGACACCAUGUUGAAAUAUUGCGCUAUACUCAAUUCGAAAGUGGUGGAAUCGAAAAAACUACGCGAUCGUGUUCUUGGUUAUCUAACCGAUGCUGCCAACCAAGCUAGAAUUAAUUUGGGCGAAGUACUAUGUAUUGUGAAAAAAUUUUGGGAGGAUGUGCUGAAUAUGCACGAAGACAAAGAUGGAUUCCGUGAGUCCACUCGCGAACGUAUCUCAAUCUUUCCCUCAAUCGUGACCAGAGCUGAGGAACAUCUCGGUGUGAAAGCCGAUGCCAAGUGCGAACUCGGCGAGAAGUACCCUGAUGGGAAAUACAAAUCGAUUACCUUGUCGCUUGUUAAAGUAUUUGAGAAGUACGCGGACUUUGCGCUAUAA